UGUGUGUCCUUGGAGUUGUUCUUAAAACAGUCAAAGCCAGCGUGUGAAGCAAAAAGAAAAGUUUGCAAAAUUUCCCCCUUUAAAAAAAUCUUUUUGGUGCAUGGGGAUAAUUUAUGACAGUUUACACAUAAGUAAGGGAAUUAAAAACAUUUUGUCUAUGGACAGUAGCCUACAUAUCUAUCUUAUUGGGACGCUCUUCAUGCCCUGAAGUGCUACUGGAAAGUCAAGACUUGAAAGUGUGUUAGAGGAUAGGAGAGUUGCGGAGGUAGAUGUUUACACCUCAGUGCAGAGGAAUGUCGGGGCCUGUGUUUAAGCCUGAGACUGAUAAUGAGAGUGGUCAGUUUGUUGAGGCCUGUCAUUAACCUGCCCAAGAGGAGAACUGCAGGUUUCCUUGCCUGGCAAAGUCCAGUCUGGAAAGCAGAGGCCUGAAACCUCACCAUGGCUGACGUGUUGGAGAGCAGCGGAGCAGGAGCUGUAGGAGCGGCCAGUGUGGACUGGCAGAAACGCUGCAUCGCUCUUGAAAUGCAGCUGCUGAGAUUCCGGCUGCAGGCGGGAAAAAUCCGAGAACUGCUGGCAGAGAAGAUGCAAGAGCUGGAGCAGAGGGUAGUGGAGGCUGACCAGAGGGCUGAGAAUGCUGAGAAACAGAUCCAUGUCAUGGAAGAAAAGCUGAAGUCUGCAAACAUACAACCCAGUGAAUCAGAGAGUUCGUUGUACAGAAAGUAUCAAGACCUGACCAAUCAGCUUCAAGAAAAAGAUGCUGUAAUAAAGAGAUUAGAGGUGCAGCUGGAAAAGCAGAUCUUGGUCAGAGCUCAGGAGGCAAAAAUUAUUGAGGAGAAGGCUGCCAAGAUUAAAGACUGGGUCACAUUUAAGCUCAGAGAGAUGGAGCUGGAAAACCAGCAUCUGAAAUUAGCUAACCUGAAGCAGACGGAGCGGAUUGUGCUGCUCCAAGACAAACUACAGACUCUCUUAGAAAAGCCUUCAUCCUCUGGAUCUCCUGCCACCUCCCCUAUAAUGGAUACCCACUUGGUGCCCAACAGCCCACUGUUUCCUCCCAGCUGCCCUGGCACGCCGCCCGCUCAAGAUGACAGCUGGAGACAGGCAGGUCCCCGCGGAGCUGCCUCUAACAACAAUAUCCUGCCAACAGUCUUCACAGAUGUGAAAAGGACUCCUGAACUGGCCAGUAAAGGGAUUUGCCUUAGAGAUCGUACAACACGUGAUGCUCCAGGUAGGAGCAGGGAGGGUCCCAGCUCCAUCAGUGGACCAGUGGGCUUCGAAGGCCAGGCAGAGGGCUCUGACAGAGACAACUCCUCUGAUGAACUUAAUAGCAAGUUCCGUUCUCAGUGCCUUCACUCAUCCUCCUCAUCUUCAUCUUCCUCGUCUGCAUAUGAGAUGGCACACGGACCCGGUUCUCCAGAGUCAACCAUCAGAAUAACACCCAAAAGCCCACUCCUCUCCCGCUCCCCCUCCACCAACAACCCCUUCCCCAAUCCUCCUCAGCCAGUAGUUCACCAGUCAGGGACCAGCAUGACUUUGCCCAAAGUACGGACUCCACUCACCCCCAGAGACAGUAUCCAGCUGGUAAAGAAGCACUACAGCCAGCCUCAGCCCAGCCUGGACAGACUCCACCACCUCAAUGUUAGCAUUGACAUCAUGACACCAUCCUCCGCUUCCUCCACUCUGAAAAGCACAGGGACCACCACUUCUCCAUUUUCUCAGCUUGUGGAAGAGACUGACAUUGACGGGCUUCCAGACAGCAUGGAUGGAGUAUUGGAGGGGCCACAGUCAGAGGAGCUGUCUCAGGAUGGGGUCUCCUUUGUGGGACUUGCAGAGGAAGUGGAGCAGUUGGAAACAGAUGCUCUCAAGCCGCCAACUCCUCCUUUGCAUCGCUUCCCUUCAUGGGAGAGUCGGAUCUAUGCUGUGGCUAAGUCAGGAAUGAGAGUAUCAGAGGCCAGUACUGGAGCCAGAGGCCCCGGACGAGGGUCCAGCUUACCCCUUUGUCCUGCGGCAGGUCCGUUCACCCAGCUGAUCUAUAAGAAUAUCAAUGUACCAGUGUACACCACACUAAAAGGUAAAGCCACUCAAAUCAGCAGCAUGCCUCUGCCGGACGAUGACUCUGGGUCAGAGGAUGACAGCAGCUCUCUGGCCAGUUUACGCACAUCUGUUCUGAGCCCAGACAGGAAAGGCAGCAUACCUGGAAGCCCACGGGCAGUCAAGAGAGGUGUGUCCAUGUCCUCCAUCAGCUCAGAGAGCGAUUACGCCAUUCCUCCUGAUGCCUACUCCCUAGACAGCGACUACUCUGAACCAGAACAUAAAGUCCAGCGAACCUCCUCCUACUCCUGUGAGAGCACUGGGCCUGAGAUGCUGGAGAAGUCUGGAUACCUACUGAAGAUGGGCAGUCAGGUGAAAGCCUGGAAACGUCGCUGGUUCAUCCUGAGAAAUGGAGAAAUCCUCUACUACAAAUCUCCUAGUGAUGUGAUCAGGAAACCUCAGGGUCAGAUUGAGCUGAACUCGUCCUGCUGUAUAGUUCGUGGAGAGGGAGCACAGACGUUUCAAAUGAUUACAGAGAAAAAGACCUUUUAUCUGACCGCUGACUCACCCAACAUCCUGGAGGAGUGGAUCAGAGUUCUGCAAAACAUACUCAAAGUCCAGGCCAGCGGCCCAAUCACUGUGGAAACAAAGGCAAAGCCCACUGCGAGAGGUUGGCUUACAAAGGUCAAACAUGGACACUCAAAACUGGUUUGGUGUGCUUUGGUUGGAAAAAUCUUCUACUACUAUCGCAACCAGGAAGACAAGCUGCCCCUGGGUCAGCUGCAGAUGCGUGAAGCGUUGGUGACGGAGGUCGAUCGCUCCUGCGAUUCAGACGAGGACUACGAGGCGGGCACUCGGGGUUUUCUCUCUUCACACUGCACCUUAGUGGUCCAACCAAGAGACCAAAGUCCUACAUAUCUGCUUAUAGGCACUAAGCCGGAGAAGGAUACAUGGUUGUACCACCUGACUGUGGCAGCUGGUAGCAGUGCAACUUUUAAAGUAGGCACAGAGUACGAGCAGCUCAUUGGUAAACUACUCGAUGCAGAUGGAGAUCCAGAGUCUGUUUUGUGGAAGAGCGGGUCCUUGAGCUUCUGUAAGGAGGGCCUGUGCUUGCCUCUUACCACGCUGCCGUCUGAAGCUUUGCAGACAGAAGCUCUCAAGCUUUUCAAGUCCUGUCAGCUCUUCAUCAAUGUGCUGGUUGAGUCACCAUCUGUGGAUUACCACACCUCUCUGGCUCAGAAUGCCUUGCAAGUGUGUCUGACCCACCCGGAGCUGCAGAAUGAAAUGUACUGCCAGCUGAUCAAACAAACCAACCGCCGGACACCUCACAACUACUCCCUCACACAGUGUUGGCAGCUGCUGUCUCUAUGUGUGGCGCUGUUCCUUCCUCAGCAGCAUUUCCUCUGGUACCUGAGACAGUACCUGCAGCAUAAUGCUGACCCCAGGACUGAGGUGGGGAAGUAUGCGGUUUACUGCCAGAGAUCUUUGGAGCGAACUCUACAGAAUGGAGAGCGGGAAGCUAAACCUUCACGUAUGGAAAUAGUUUCCAUCCUGCUCAGGAACCCCUACCAUCAUUCAUUGCCUUUCAGCAUCCCAGUUCACUUUAUGAACCAUACCUACCAGGUGGUAGGUUUUGAUGGCUCCACUACAGUAGAAGAGUUCCUCAACACGCUGAACCAGCGGAUCGGCAUGAGGAAGCCCCAGCUAACAGGGUUUGCCCUCUUCACUGACGAUCCAUCUGGCAAAGACCUGGAGCACUGCCUACAGCCAUCAGCCAAGAUCUGUGAUGUUAUUUCCAAGUGGGAGCAAGCUCUGAAGGAGCUGCAUCCUGGGAAAAAUGAGGGGACACGGAUUGUUCGGCUAACAUACAAAAACAGACUCAGUUUCAGAUCUCAGGUAAAAAGGGAGACGGAGCGAGAGCGCCUCCUACUGGCAUACCAGGCAAAUGAUGAGGUUCAACAAGGCCACUUCCCUGUGAACAAAGAGCUGGCUCUGGAGGUGGCUGCCCUCAUGGCACAGGUUGAACAUGGCGAUUUGGAGCGAUCGGGUGUCUCCUCUCCCACUGGUUCUCCUCAGCCUAAAUCUCAGCUGCUUCUUCUGCAAGCCUUAGAACGUUUCUAUCCAAAACGCUACAAACAGGACUGCAGCUCAGAGCAGCUCAGGGAUCUUACUGAGCAUCUGGCUACUAAGUGGUCAAUGCUUCGUGGGUGCAGUGCAUCUGAGUGUGUGAGAAUAUAUCUAACUGUGGCUCGGAAAUGGCCUCUGUUUGGAGCCAAGCUUGUCAGUGCCAAGCCUGUCCCACCCUCUCCUUUUGAGCAGAGCCAGGUGUGGCUGGCAGUCAGUGAGGAUGGACUGUGUGUGCUGGACUACGCAAUGCACACCCUGGUCACAUACUCCUACCAGUCAGUGAUUACAUUUGGUGGCAGUUGUGAUGAUUUCAUGGUGGUCACGAGCCAGCAGAGGGAGCCCGGAGCUGGGAAGAAGAGUGUAGAGAAACUAGUCUUUGCAAUGGCUAAACCAAAGAUACUGGAGCUGACUCUGCUCAUGGCCAGCUACAUUAACCACUGGAACCCCAGCCUCCCAUCUUCCCCCAGCCAGCCUGUCGGCAACUGGGAGGUAGACAGCAGGCACUUCCCCACCAUGAACUACAUCACCAAGGGCCCCACAUUAUUGUGAGCAGCAACGGAGCGGCUUCAGGACAGCAGUUACUGUUAAUCUGCAUUCUCCUGGAGUGCAUUGCAUUGCACAUCCUGGUUUUUCAGUCUUACAGAACAGGUACUCAGAGAUUUCAGUUUUUUAUUUUAUUUUAGAUAUGAAGACUGACUUACAGAAAUGGCAGCAUCAGUCUUUUUAGACUAUUUAUUUCAGCUCUGUUCUUCUUAGUUAUAGGUCAUUGUUGAACAUCUAGGUUAGAAAGAUUUUUUAGAUAUUUUGACAAAUUGAGAACUUGCUGCCACUUAGAGAGAGAGAGAUAUUUUGAGUUGCAAACCUCAGCUGUGUGCCACCGUUCAUGUUCAUGAAUCACAAGAAACCGGAAAGGAAACAAAAAUGAAAAUGUACUGAUGGUAUUGUCCAAUUUAAAAGAAGCUAAUGUGGUAUCUGAUAGUUCAGUUGGAUAGAUUUUAGUCUUUUAAUAUGACAUAGUCCCAAUCUGAUAUUAUACUAAUUUAGAUCUGCAGCUAACUACCUAACUAUAACUAACCAUGAUUUGUCCAGUCUUCAAGUUUCUAUCAAAUCCACUGAAACAGCUAUAAACCCAUAUGUUUUUGUUUUUGAAGAGCAAAUAUUCAUAUUUCCAUUGCAGGAACUAGUGAAUUUAUUGUAGUUUUUGCUUAAAAAAAUAAUUUUCUAAAAUAUUUGGUUGAAUUUUUUGCUGAUUUUUCAGUUAAUAGAAAUUUACUCUAAAAACUGAAGUAUGGGACAGAUAUUCCCUUUAAAAAAACAGAGGUAUAAUUCAAUGAUCCUGUUUUGUAUUUAUAGAAACCAUUCAUAUUCAGCUCACCCAUUCAGCCCAAAGCAGGCCAAAAGAACAGGCUGAACUAGUUCUGAUCUGCUACUUAUGGGAUGUUACUCAGUGCACAAUAAGUCAACAGGAAGUACAGAAAUAUGAAAUGUAUGUACACAACGUCUGUGAAAAUGCCUUUGAUGUUCCAUGGAUGACGUAUUUUCUUGUAAAAUUCAUUAAUAUAACACAUCUUCCUACUAAAACCACUCAGUGUUUUCAUGAGUAAUAGUUUUUAAGAAGAGCUACCAAAAUGUUUGGAUGACUUGAACUGCUAUGGAUAAACCACUGUCUCACUUAUAUUCAUAUUAGUUAUUUAUUUUCCCUUUAACAUUUUUGGGAAUUUGCUUAUAGGGAAAAUGUCUUCCACAACUGUUGAGCUACAAGUAAUUUAAGAGCAUGUUUGGUUACUGUGUUAAAAUGUGCUGCAAAUGUUAAAAUGAUUGGAGUCUUUACGUUGCUUGUGUAUGUGUGUGUGUGUGUGGUUGUAAAAUAAAUGGUUCAAUCCUCCUUUUUAAAAAAAUCCUUAACUUUGUCUGUAUUGUUUGCUGUAGUCUAUAUAUUACUUAAUGGUUGUGGAUUUGCCAGCUACUGUAUUUCAAAAGUAAAUCCAAAUUCAUGUGCAGUGUAAUGAGAUUCGUCUCAGUGUUUUUCAAAUGCAGCUCCGUCAGAUAUUUUUUAUAUAUGCAGUAAAUAGGUGCCUCUGCUAGAUGCCAUACUGAUUUAAGAAGUUUUAUAAUAAUAUAAUAAUACUUUUGUGCUUCGACAUAAGCAAAACAUUGAAUGUGUGUAACUGCACAAUGAUUUUGUUAUGUCUCGACUUUUUUAUUUGGAAGUAUUUAUCAAAAAUGUUACGGCUUGGUUUUUAAGGCAUCACUUACUUUUUUGGCAUUUUUCUCAUGCUGAAAUAAUUUGGCAGUAAGUACUGUAUAAUAUAUUUAGGAAACCCAGGGUUUAUUCAGCAGUAACAAAAUUCAUAUCUCACUCAAAUUCCUCUUGGAGGUGGAAAAAAAGAACACUGUUUUUACACAUUAUUUCACUAAAAUGCAUCUUUCCUGAUUCAUUCGGACCAUAAACUAAAUAGUUACCCUCUGUGCUUGUUGUACACAGCCUUCCCCAUGUUUUACUGGAGUUGAGUUUGUAAGGGUGGAAGCUGUGCUAUUUCUUAUCCAGGGGGGUCAAAAUGGUAAUGGCAUUUUCCUGCCAAAUAUAUGUUGUAAAUCCCAGGUUUUUAUAGCUUGUCUGAAGCUCUUGUUGUUCCAUAGCUACGCUCAUACGAAAUGAAAUACUCAUUAUAGGGCUCACUGCUGAAUUUCUGUGUGCUUUAAUUUCUCAUCAAUAAAGAUAAAAAUAACUUCUUCAGUUUUCCAUGCUGCCAUGCAGCUCCAACAGCACACUAUAAGAGUUUAACUCAUGCUGAAUUUAAAUAAAAUUUCUUUACACAUUUUAAGUAGUGUUAUUUUGUAUGUUUAAAUGAGAUAUGAGAAUAUUUAGAAUAGUGUGCAUUUAGACAAUAAAAAAUCCAUAAAAUGCCUUCUGUUCUUACUUA